AUGUUCCGUGUCAUUCCUGUAUUCUUGGCUCUCACAGCAUUCACCAAUGCUGUCCCACCGAUUGUGCCCGUACCCGUGAAUCAAAAACCAGCAAAACCCAAACUGAUAGAUCCUCAACUGAUGGAAUUUGAACCUAUUACACUGGAACCAGCUGAGCCUGGUCCUUUCCUAAUGGCCCAAAUUGAGGAGGAACUUGAGGCUGCCGGAGGAGGACCAUGUGUGGAUGGAGUGAAUAAUGUUAUUAAAGUGGCUGACUUCGAUGCGGAUAAACUGAAUAUUCGCACCGAGGGUGUCGUUGCUCGCACGUACGACGAUAACUUCUAUCCGUCUUGUAAUAAUGGUCGUGCUAAAGUGUCACUUCCAGGAAUCAUUAGAAUUAUGAAAGGCAAAGUCGUCGUCAAAGCUCCGUCCAAGAUAACAAAGUCUAUUGAAGCCCGCAUGACUAUCACUAAGAACUCGCGUGUGCUUAGCACUGUUUGCAAUGAAGGAGUUCCACUAAAUGGACUCGUUGGGAAGGAUAAAUGCCGUGUGCCUCUAGGAUCGGAAUUUGAUGAAGGGUUCCUUACCAUGCUGAGCACACCGGGUACUUACGAUCUGGCUCAGAUAGAAGCAACAUCCGGCAUGGGAUCAUUCAUAAAACUCCCAUCAAUCAAUGCUGCUGAAAAGAUCUUCGUUAAGGGUGACUGGAAGGUAGUCACGGCGCUCUAUUCCGAGGGCAAGGCAGUCGCACGCGUGAAAAUUCCAUCAAACGAUGACUGGAUAUAUGUCCAAUAA